UUGCUGCUUGAAUGUAUAUGGAGCACUGUGAUUUAUCCAGGCCUCAAACUAGUCUAGCUGUUUAAGGUAAAAACCAGGUUUCUACAACUAUUUAGAAGCUAGAGUGAAAUAGCACUAAUGUUGUAUCAAAGGUGUUUAAAAAAACCCACAAAAUAUUGUGAAGAUGCCUGCCAUGUGGAUAAUUUAGUAUUUACAUUGUUGUGGGGUGUUCAGACAUAGCUCUGAAACAGUUGCCUGUUUUACUAAAGUCAAGAAUGGUGUAGCCAAUUGCAAGCAUAGAGAGAAUUUCAGCAAGGGGAGAGUGUGUUAAUUAUCCACACGAGAUGAUCACAUUCAGUGCUGCAUUUCAUGUGUUUUCAUAUCCACUGAAGCAAAGCAAGAGAAGUGUUGUGCUGGGGCAAUGUGCAUGCAUGGCUUAGAGCUGAAUAGAUGUAAAUGGUUAAAAAGGGGUUCUCUGCUAGAGAGGAGGAGGGGAAAGUAAAUGUGCAUUCCCAAAAAAGUACAUUCCCAAAAUAAAAAGCUUACAUCAUGGACCUCUUCAGUUUUCCCACACUUCUUCCCUAAUUAUUGUCCUGCAGGACAGCUGAUCUUUUUCAAACAGGAAGCUGUUUACAGAUAACACUUGCAACUGUUUUGUCUGAUUUGUUGAACUGUCGAAAAGAAAAAGACAACCUCUUUUCAAAUUAAAAACUGUCAGACUUCUGUAAACAGCAGCAAUGAGGUUCAUCUGUGCAGUGUCCCUGCAGGCACAGAGCGUUGUGCAGUUCCCAUUCUCUCAGCAGCCAUAAGGAGUCAGUGACCUGUAAGUGCUCAUUAUGAAGAGAGAUCUGGUUUUCUUGGUGACUCUAAUUAGCCUUGCCUUCCUGUCACUGCUAAGAUCUGGAUAUCCUCAACACAUUGCAGAGGAGUCCUGCUCUGUUCAGAUUCUUGUUCCAGGCCUCAAAGGGGAGGCUGGAGAAAAGGGGGAGAAAGGUGCUCCAGGUCGUCCAGGCAGAGUUGGACCUCCAGGAGAAAAAGGAGAAAUGGGGGACAAAGGACAGAAAGGCAGCAUAGGACGUCAUGGAAAAAUUGGUCCUAUUGGUUCAAAAGGUGAAAAAGGAGAUAAUGGUGACAUAGGACCACCAGGUCCUAAUGGUGACCCAGGCAUCCCUUGUGAGUGCAGUCAGCUAAGGAAGGCUAUUGGUGAAAUGGAUAUUCAAGUAGCCCAGCUGAUGACAGAACUAAAAUUCAUAAAAAAUGCUGUCGCCGGCGUGCGCGAGACCGACAAUAAGAUCUACCUGCUGGUCAAGGAGGAGAAGAGGUACAAGGAGGCCCAGCUGUACUGCCACGGGCGAGGAGGGACGCUGGGCAUGCCCAAGGACGAGACUGCCAACAGCCUCAUCGCCUCGUACAUCAACCAAGCUGGGCUCACCAGGGUCUUCAUUGGGAUUAACGACCUGGAGAAGGAGGGGAAUUUCGUCUACUCCGACCGGUCGCCCAUGCAGACCUUCAACAAAUGGCGCAGCGGGGAGCCCAACAACGCCUACGACGAGGAGGACUGUGUGGAGAUGGUGGCCUCAGGGGGCUGGAAUGAUGUUGCCUGUCACAUUACCAUGUAUUUCGUGUGCGAGUUUGACAAAGAGAAUGUCUAAGCUGCUCUGCUCUUUCUCUGUUUUAAGAAAAAUGUUUAAGACGAUGGCACAAGUUACUCCAUGUUUAUAGAGAACAAGUGAAGCUCUGCAAGUAUGCAGUGUCGGAGUUGUACAGCUGUAAAUACAGUUGAGGUAUUUCAAAUAUCAGAAUUUACCCUUCAGAAGGGAAGAGCAGUAAUAAGGCAUAGCUUGGUUGGCUUUUUUUUUUGUAGGAAAAUAUAUGUGUUUAGAUAAAAAUGUGCUUUGGGGCUAAAUUUUGCCCUUACAACAGUUAACAACUGUGAUUGCAUGACUGUAAGGGAAGGCAGAAUUUGGCCUCUAGUUUGAAUGGUAAGAAUUAGGUUCCUGAUAUUCUUUUAUCUUAGUAAAAUUUGUAGUUAUAAAAGCUAAUAACUUGUAGUGCUACAGGGAUAUUUUGGCAACAAGACGUAUUUUGUAUACUCCAGUUAAUAAGUACAAAUAUUAGUCAGUUUUUUGAAUGUUACAAUUUGUUGUUUUUGU